UAGGCAUGUAAGGGUAUUGUUAUAUACUUAUAUUCACCUGAAUAAUCUAAUCUUAAAAAAACUUUUAGCAUGAAUUGAAUAUUAUGUUAUCUUCAGCCUUUUUGCCCAUUAACAGGAAUGAACAAUGAAUAAUAAUAGCCUCUGAAUCAGACCACCUACCCAAAAAUAUGAAGUCUCUUCAUUGGCUUCUGCUUCUUUUGAUCAUAGCUUUUACCGUCUUGAGAUCAGUCGAAGCUCAAAAUCAAGCAGGAUUCAUCAGCUUGGAUUGUGGGUUGGUUCCUAAGGAAACUACUUAUGUGGAGAAGUCCACGAAUAUUACAUACAAAUCAGACGCGGAUUACAUCGACAGUGGAUUGGUUGGAAAGAUCAAUGAUGCAUACAAGACUCUCUUUCAGCAACAAGUUUGGGCAUUGAGAAGCUUCCCUCUAGGUCAAAGAAACUGUUACAACGUCAACCUCACGGCAAGCCGCAAAUAUUUGAUCAGAGGAACCUUUGUCUAUGGGAACUACGACGGUCUGAAUCAAUUGCCAAGCUUUGAUCUUCAUAUCGGUCCUAAUAAAUGGUCUUCGGUUAAAAUACGAGGAGUUACAAAUACUUCUAUGCAUGAGAUAAUCCAUGUCGUGCCACAAAAUAGUCUUCAAGUAUGUCUUGUUAAAACUGGACCGACGACACCAUUCAUUUCGUCGCUGGAGUUUCGUCCAUUGAACAAUGAAACUUAUGCCACGCAAAGCGGAUCAUUGACGUUGUUCGCCAGAGUAUACUUUCCAUCCACUUCUUCAACUUUCAUCAGGUAUGAUGAGGACAUGCAUGACCGAGUAUGGGAUUCAUACACAGAUAACGAAACCGUCUCGAUAAGUACAGACCUACCGGUCGAUACAAGUAACAUCUACGAUGUACCUCAAUCCGUGAUGAAGACUGCUGCUGUCCCUAAAAAUGCUAGUCAACCAUGGCACUUAUGGUGGGAGCUUGAUGACAUAACUGCACAGUCAUAUAUAUACAUGCACUUCGCCGAAGUUCAGAAUCUAAAAGCUAGUGACAUUAGAGAAUUCAACAUUACUUACAACGAAGGCAUACGUUGGUACAGCUACUUGAGACCUUCCAAACUCAGCAUUUCGAUAUUCUCCAAUCCAAAGGCUGUGAGUUCUUCAAAUGGGAUAUUUAAUUUCACUUUCGCAAUGACUGGUAACUCCACUCUUCCUCCUCUUCUCAACGCCCUCGAGAUUUAUACAGUUGUAGACCUUUUACAGCUAGAGACAAACAAAGAUGAAGUUACUGCUAUGAUGAACAUCAAGGAAACAUAUGGUUUGAGCAAAAAGAUAAGCUGGCAAGGAGAUCCAUGUGCUCCUCAGAUCUAUCUGUGGGAAGGUGUAAACUGCAGUUAUCCGGACUCCGAGGCAUCACGGAUCAUAUCCUUGAACUUGAAUGCGAGCGAGUUGACGGGUUCCAUAACAUCAGACAUAUCCAAGCUGACACAGUUGACAGUACUAGAUUUAUCAAACAACGAUUUAUCAGGAGAGAUUCCAGCAUUUUUUGCUGAUAUGAAGUUGUUGAAACUCAUAAACUUAAGCGGGAACCCGAGGCUUAAUCUCACAGCAGUUCCAGACUCUCUUCAAGAAAGGGUAAACAGUAACUCAUUAACACUAAUUUUGGGUGACAACCAGAAUCUGAAUACGAAAAAAGAGAGUAAAAAGGUUCCAGUGGUUGCUAUCGCAGCUUCCGUGGCCGGCGUGUUCGCUCUUUUAGUUAUCUUUGUCAUAUAUUUAGUCAUUAAAAGGAAAAAUGCAAAAAUAACUAAAGCUCCUGGACCUCCAUCAGUCGCUUCUGGUAUAGUUAAAAGUGAGACAAGAUCAUCUAAUCCAUCAAUCAUGACAAAGGAACGUAAGAUCACGUAUCCAGAGGUACUGAAGAUGACUAAUAACUUUGAGAGAGUUCUUGGUAAAGGAGGCUUUGGAACAGUGUAUCAUGGAAACUUGGAUGAUGCUCAAGUAGCUGUGAAAAUGCUCUCUCAUUCAUCAGCUCAAGGUUAUAAAGAGUUCAAAGCAGAGGUUGAACUUCUUUUAAGAGUUCACCAUAGGCAUUUGGUGGGACUUGUGGGGUACUGUGAUGAUGGAGAUAACUUGGCUUUGAUUUACGAAUACAUGGCAAACGGAGACUUGAGGGAGAAUAUGUCAGGAAAACGUGGCGGCAAUGUCCUUACAUGGGAAAACAGGAUGCAAAUUGCUGUGGAGGCUGCACAAGGACUGGAGUAUCUACACAAUGGAUGUAGGCCUCCUAUGGUCCAUAGAGAUGUUAAAACUACAAAUAUCUUAUUGAAUGAACGGUGUGGAGCAAAACUAGCCGACUUUGGGCUAUCGAGAUCUUUUCCAAUUGAUGGCGAGUGUCAUGUCUCGACAGUGGUUGCAGGAACACCUGGUUACCUAGACCCUGAGUAGUACAAAACAAAUUGGCUAAGCGAGAAGAGUGACGUAUACAGCUUCGGUGUAGUGCUAUUAGAGAUAGUCACAAACCAGCCUGUGAUAAAUAAAAUGCGAGAAAGACCUCACAUCAACGAAUGGGUUGGGUUCAUGCUCACGAAAGGAGACAUCAAGAGCAUCGUUGACCCGAAAAUGAUGGGUGACUUUGAUACAAACGGUGCGUGGAAGGUUGUGGAGCUGGCUCUGGCUUGUGUGAACCCGUCUUCGAACCGGAGACCAACAAUGGCACACGUUGUGAUGGAGCUAAACGAGUGUGUGGCAUUUGAAAAUGCAAGGAGACAAGGUAGUGAAGAAAUGUACUCUAUGGCUUCUAUUGACUAUAGUCUCUCUUCUGCUUCAGAGUUUGCCCCUGGAGCCAGAUAAUUUGUGAAUAUCUUUGAUGUAAUUUCAUGGAAUGCUAUCUUGUUUCCUUUAAAAAAAAAUUAUUUGUGAAUUAUUUGGGAGAAAAACUAGA